UCACGCAUCUGGAACCCAGUAUAUUUAUGUCGACUGCAACCGAAAGUAAACUUGACAGCAAAUUUUAUAACAAUAACUGUUGCCUUCGAUUUGUUGCAUAAAGAAUAACAUUACAUCAUUUUCCAACAUUCUAGUGAGGCACUGCAAAAUGUUGAAUCUGAGUGCAAAAACAAAACAUCAUUCCAAGACGAACCGAUCCGACAAGUAAAAAUGCAUCAGAGAAAGUAGGACACAACCUCGUUUUCGUAUCUAUGGAUGUCUUCGUGAGAAACCAUCAUGUGGACAAAAACACUUUUUAUGACAAUGUCAUUUUAUUUUACACAUAAUAGUCAGUCAUAACUGUUACAUUGUAAACAUAUUAUUACCUAUAUGCACACAUGAUAGUAUAAAUUUAAUGUGUCAAAGUAUAUAUCGACAUUUUUAAUCAGUAUCUCUUACUGUUUAUGAUAGUAAAACGUAAAAAAAUGCCAUUACAAUAGAGUUGAUGAUCUCAUGGUGAUAUCAUUCCUUGAAGUUUUGCCCACUUAUAUCGGAUGACUGUACCAUCACAGAUAAUUUUCAAAGAAUUUUUAAUUGACAGUACAAUUAGAAAUUCAGAGUGAAGGGAUUUAAAAAACGAGGAUAAACAAAUUUCUUAGCACAGAUUAUAUUCAUUAUUUUGACAUUGAACUCUCCAAAUGAAACUCUAAACCUGUGAGAAACAUGUGAUUUUUAAGUGCAUUGAAAUAUUUUACAAAUGUCGCUUUAUAACUUCCUGGAUUCUGCAAAUAGUUUGCAUGAUGAAGGUCAUUAAUUGAUACAAUCGUACAUUAUAACAUUAUUUAUCUCAUUUCCAAAACACUUCUACAGAACAUUUAACAGGACAAUAUUCAACUAAUGCUAAAAUUGUGAUGACUUGAAGCACAUGUCACGGAAAAGUAAACCAGGAAAUUCUGCUGCUGCUGAGAGAUUGGCAGACUAUACUGGUGAAACAGCAAUGCCUUUUCCAGGCCCUGGAAUGGGGUCCUCAGGGUCAGGUUCAGGAUCGUUUGAUCAUGAGGAAUAUGCUCAUGGUGGAGCUACUAUGGUCAGUGUUGCUAGUGAUACCAAUGAUUUAGAUGACAUGUCUUCAUCUUUGGAUGAAAUGGAUAUUCAGCGAGACAUAUCAAAGCAUCCUCAAGAUAAAAAGGCAAGUUCUGGAAGUAUUGGUUCAUUAGAUCCAAUUCGACAGAAAGAAGUGACAGUGAAAACACCUGGACAGAAGAAUCCUAAGCCUACUGUGAAGAAAGCUACACUAAAAGCUGAUUUAGAUGUUGCAAAAGAGUUCAAGAAAUGCAAAGAGGAAGAGGCAAAGAGAUUAGACUUGAGCAAGUCACAGAUUACAGUAAUUCCAAGCUUAGUAAAAGAGUUAACACAACUCCAGGAGUUUUAUUUGUAUGGUAACAAAUUAGGAACAUUGCCAUCAGAAAUAGGAUAUUUAACAAAUUUAUCCAAGUUAGGACUAAGUGAAAAUUCAUUGACAAAUUUACCGGACACUCUUGAAAAUCUGAAACUGAUCCGUGUUCUUGAUCUCCGACACAAUAGGCUGAAUGAGAUUCCAGAAGUUGUUUAUAAAUUACGAUCCUUAACAACGUUAUUUUUGAGAUUCAACAGAAUCCGACAUGUAGAUGAUGCUAUUAGGAAUUUAACAAAUUUACAGAUUUUAAGUUUACGAGAAAAUAAAAUACCAAAGCUUCCGCAAGGAAUAGGAAAAUUAGUCAAUUUAGUCACAUUUGACAUUUCACAUAAUCACUUAGAACAUCUACCAGAAGAAAUUGGUAAUUGUGUAAAUCUAAGUUCCCUUGAUCUCCAACACAAUGAAUUAGUUGAUAUUCCAGAAACAAUAGGAAAUAUGAAGAAUUUAUCCAGAUUAGGUUUAAGAUAUAAUAAUUUAAGUAGUAUUCCAAAGUCCUUAGCUAAUUGUGUUCUUAUGGAUGAAUUCAAUUUGGAAGGAAACAAAAUUUCACAGUUACCGGAGGGACUGCUGUCAAAUUUGACUCGACUGAAUUCCAUUACAUUGUCAAGAAAUGCAUUUCAGUCUUAUCCUUCAGGAGGGCCAGCUCAGUUCUGUUCUGUUUAUUCAAUAAACAUGGAACACAACCAGAUAAACAAAAUUCCACUAGGAAUAUUUUCACGAGCAGCCAGUUUAACGAAGCUCAAUAUGAAGGAUAACCAGCUUACAUUCUUGCCAUUAGAUAUCGGUACUUGGGUAAAUAUGGUAGAACUGAAUUUAGGAACUAAUCAGCUGACAAGAGUUCCUGAUGACAUUCAGAAUCUAGAGAAACUUGAAGUCCUCAUUCUUAGUAAUAAUUUAUUAAGGAGAUUACCUCCAAGUAUAGGCAACUUAAAAAGAUUGAGGGUUCUUGAUUUAGAAGAAAAUAAGCUAGAAUCACUACCUCAAGAAAUAGGUCAGUUACAAGAAUUGACAAGAUUAGUUGUUCAGUCAAAUCAACUGACGAGCUUACCCAGAGCAAUUGGAUGCCUGUCCAAGUUAGAGUACCUUGGUGCUGGAGAAAAUAAUCUCACUUCGCUUCCCGCAGAAAUAGGGUCAUUAGAGAACUUAGAAUCACUGUACAUUAAUGACAACCCAGAUCUUCACAGCUUACCAUUCGAGUUGGUGUUAUGUGGAAAUCUACAGAUAAUGAGUAUAGAGAAUUGUCCAUUAAGUCAGAUUCCACCAGAAAUAGUGGCAAAAGGUCCCUCACUUGUCAUACAGUACUUGCGUAUACAGAGUCCAUACAGCUGUCAGAUGUAAUGUCUGUGAUCAACAAGGUCAUGUGGUGCUCUGAGGGAUACAUCGUACAUGUUUUGUUUUUAUAUAUAAAAACUGUGAUGAAAAUAGGGACCAUCUCAAAACUUGGUGCAAAAUUAUAUAGUUUUCAAAGAUAUUUUGAAAAAUAGAGGCUUGUGGUGUGUGGCUAUACAAUAAUAUUGUACUAAGUUUAUGAAUGGUAGUUUAAACCUGUUUUCCUGGGUUUUCAAUGAAAAUGUUGAUGACAGUAUUAUCUGUAUGACAACCUUCUAACUUCAGUUGUACUAUGUAUAGGGCUUGUUUGUAUGAGAUAGCAGUUUCAGGAAUUAUUAAGCAUACAGCACAAUAUGUUUUUUCUCAUUGUAUAAGGCUGUAAGGUGACCUAUUUUUGCUUAUAUACACAUCAUUUGAACUCUGGUGAAGUCUUUUAAGUUUUACAAAAAUGACAAAAUUUUAUGGUUUAAGCACAUCACCCACAUGUAGACUUGUUGGUUUUUAUUCACGCAAUAACUGUUAUUACAGUUUGCUUUCCUAACUGUGAACCAUGAUAGCUUAAGUGAGAACUUACUGACUGUUUUGAUCCUUUAAGGAGGAUCAAAUCUAGCAAUACAUGUAAAAAGGGGAAAACACAAAAUAAAGCUUUUGAUAAAUAUUGCUUCAAUAAAAAAAUUAAAAAAAGAUCUGAUAGUGAAUUUUCUUUACUUGCAACUAUUAUGAAGAGAAGAUGGCUAAUUUGAACCUAAAUUUACAUAGAACAGACAAUAGUAAAAUAUAUAUACAGUAACUUUGACAUGGUUCAAUAGUGAAUAUAUGCUCUCCAAAUUAAUUUAGGUAUAGAUAAAGGGUUAGAACAGUUAUGUGCUUAAAUCUUAAAAUUUCUUUUAUGAACAAAUUCCCUAUAUAUAUUCUAUAGCUGAAAAUGUUGCCUGAUUUAAAAGUCUGUUCAUAUAUUUUACUUAUUUGGUGCUUUUUAUCAUGAAAUGUUGCCAUAUUGUUGUUUAUUUUGUUUUGUUGUUUUUACUUUUUUGCAAUAAUUACUCAUGUGAACACAUUUUUGCUUUUCUUUCUAUCACAGUCUUGGAUAGAAAGAAAAUUUUGAUAUUGAUUGUUAAGGGCAACCUACAAUAGGAGGCAUUUUUAUGUUUUCCAAUCUGUGUGUCUGUCGUUGAUCUGUUCGUUCGUCCGUUCCCUUAUCAUAUUAAAGUUUUUGGUCCAUGUAGUUUACCAUUCAUUUGUGAUCUCGUCAUCUUGAAACUUAAUACACAUGUUCAAUAUAAUGGGUAUUUUUUAAUUUUUGACCCAAUUUUUGCAGUUCACUAAACAUGGGAAUAUAGUGUGAGUGGGGCAUGGUGUCCUAUGGGUACACAUUCUUGUGUAGUAAUGGUAUCAGUCAGUGAUAUAUAGGGCACAAAGUAAAAAGUUUUAAAUGCCAUGUCACCUUGUUUCAUUUCUCUCUUGAUGCAGCACAGCAUUGCACUUAGUAGUUUAAGUUUAUGGACAAAUGAAUGCAGUUUAAAUAAUUUGCUUCAUCAUUGAAUGCAAUAAGUUUGUAAUUUUUUCAAUAACAGGUAAAAUCCUGAAAUAAAAUUUAAUCAAACAAAAAAGUAAAAAAAGAAGAGAAACAAAUAUUGAUAGAGAGAAGAAUUUUUUGUUGUACUUAGUUAUGUCAUGAAUGUCAUCAAUUUGUUGUCAAAAUAUCAUCUGGAAUUUGAUUGUUUUGAGAUGGUCCCUUAAAUCUUCCUUGCUGAACUCAGUAUUGUACAUGCAUGUUGUGUCCUGUCUUUGUUAAGCUUCAUUUUGUGAUCGUAAACCGUGAUGGUGUAAACAUUAGAAGUGGAUUAUUUAUUUCAUUGUGGACUCCCCCGAGAAGAACGACAACUGUGAUGCUACUAAUACAACAUAAUACACUUGAGAGUGAUAUUGUACCAUAGAAUCGUAAUAGAGAUUCAAGACAUUUGUACAAUGCAAAUAGAUAUAAUUGUUUGUGAUAUUAAUUUAUGUUAGAGAUGUGUCAAAUGUACCUAUCUUGUUUUAAUUGACAGUUUUAUAUUGUAUCAAAGUUACUGAUGUUUUAUAAGAAUACAGAGCUCAGCACUCUGGUAAAUUUUAUCUUCUUAAGCUACAGCUGUUCAUAAGAUUCUUGUUUAUUAUAGUCAAAAUAUUAUUUGAGGUCUGCUUAAUAGUCAAAUAUGUAAUAGGGUAAACAUAGUAUUAGGUAUUUAUCUGGAAAUAAUCUUUUUAAAUAUGAAAAUCUUCAUUUAAGGGGAGUUGAUACAGUUUCAUUGGAGAUAUCUUAACAAGAAGAGUUCCAUUCUUUUAAAUUUUGUUUAUGAUGACAUAUUUUAAUACAGGAUUGUAAUUGCCUAAAUAUGAUCCCAACAAAUAGAUCAUGAUACAAAAUUGCCAAAUUGAUCAAUUACAUAACAAAUAUUUUGUUGUUUUUGAUGACUUGAAAGAAAAAUGAUUGUAUUUAAUCUGAGUGUUCAGAUUUGGACGACAUGUAUAAUUUGUUGCAAGCGAUAUUUAUGUAAAUAAUGAGACGAAAAUCUUGGAACUUCAAUUUGAAUAGUUUUUAGAGCUGUUCAUAUAAUUCAAAAUGCAUAGUGAAAAAUACAAGACACUUGCAAAAAUAAGGUGAAACUUUUAAUUUUGGCAGGUAUUAUGUACGGUGACCUAUAGUUGCUAACUUCUAUGUUAUUUGGUCUCUGGUGGAAAGUCCUCUCAUUGGCAAUCAUUCCACAUCUUCUUAAUUUUAUGUGAUUAAAAAAUAUGUAUCAACUUUCAAGAAAUCCCCAAAACUAAAAAUGACAUCACAACAAGAAACUCUUAUCAACUCUCCUUAAUAAAUGAAACAAGAAAACUGACAUGGGAAUUUCAUAUUGCAGACAUUUCAAACUUUUUAGAGGGACAAUAUGUAUUUAUUUCAUAAUCACUUUUUUAAAUAAACUAUAAUACUAAUGAAAUACUGUAUAUGUAUAUAUCUAACAAUAUUUAUGCUUCAUUCCUUAAAUGAAUCAGUGUGAUGAGUUCCUGUAUAGAUAUCUGUAAAACACAGUAACUUUUGUAUAAAGGAAGACUGGAGUGUUUAUAGACUGAACAUAUUGUUUGGUCUUCAUAUCAUUAUAUGAUUAUCAUCAAUAUUAAAUGAAUGUUAAACAGUUA